GAAACUUUUUCCCACUUUAUUAACAUUUUAUAAAGUUUGGCAAAUUUAUUAAGGGGAAAUUUUAAUAUAAUUUAUACUUUUGUGCAUGGAUUAUACAUGAUUUGUUGGGCUCCCAUUUCAAAUAAUUAUAGACCUAUAUAAUUAAUGGAUUUUUUUCUUUCAUUUUUCAAAGCCAUAAAGUUUUACAGUUGUGGAUGAAUAGCAAGAUAAAUUACUUUUAUUUAAUAAAACAUUUUAGGUUUAUGUAGAGAAGUGAUAAUUCUUUUUUCUUUUAAUUUUACACUCGGUGAUUAUAAAAUAUAUUACUGUUAAUUAGAAAAAAUAACUAGUUAAAAAGUUUUAAGAAUUUUGUUUUGUUAAUGUGCCAUACUGUAAGGAACUGUGAGGGUCAGGGAAUCCUGUACUGUACAUAUUUCAUACUGUUUUAAAUUUUAUAGAUUUACAUACUAACUUUUGCAUUAUUUUUUUCAGAUUUUGCUAUCUAUGCUGCCACAGGAACCAGCAAGGAGAAAAGCACGAAUUCCUAAGGAAACAUCUGUUUUAUUUUCUCUGUGGUUUAUGGGGAACCAGGAGAGCUACCGUGGUGUAUGUGAUCGCUUCGGGUUAGGAUUUGCUAGUGGCCACAGAGAAUUUACAAAAUUCUGUACAUCAAUCUGUGCCUUGUCAAACUCAAUCAUUAAGAUGCCACAGGGUUUUGAGAUUGAGAGAAUAAGACAAGGAUUUCAGAAACUUAGAGUGAAACCAUUUCCAGGAACAAUCGGUUGCAUCGAUGGCACUCAUAUUGCCUUUUCUGUGAGUAAAGAAGAAAAAAAUGAUCAUAUAAAUAGAAAAGGUUAUCCUAGUGUAGUCCUACAGGCUGUAUGUGAUCAUGAGUUAAAAUUUUUGGAUGUUUAUGCAGGUUGGCCAGGCUCUGCAAAUGAUGCUAGAGUUUUUAGGAACAGUCCAUUAUUUAAAAAUAUGGAAGAGAAAGAGGAUUUUAUACCUUCAGACUGCCAUAUUCUUGGUGACUGUGCCUACCCAUUAAAUAAUAAAAUAAUGACACCAUAUAGAAACAAUGGCCAUUUAACAAGAAAGCAGAAGUUAUUCAAUACAAUUCUGAGUUCUACACGAGUCGUAAUAGAACAAGCUUUUGCACAUCUGUUUGGACGAUUUCGGAAGCUAAUUUAUAUCUAUGUACGAAGAAGGGAAUUUGUUCCAGAUGUGAUUGUAGCUGCCUGUGUUCUACAUAACCUAUGUAUUAUGCAUAAUGAUAUUACACCUGGUAUAUAUGAUCAACUGGAUUUACUUUCUUGCCACAGUACAGAACAGUUUGAUGCAGGUAUUAAUAAAAAUGUCAGUGGGGCACAUAAAAGGGAUCAAAUUGCAGAUUACCUUUUUAAUUUAGAGUGUGCAUAACAUCUUUAUACUGCAAGUCAUGACAAAAAUAAUAAUCUUAUUUAUUUGAAUAAAUAUAAAAUAUAACAAUUGUUAUAAAACAUUUAAUCCAUUUUUUGGUUAAAUUGUUUUAAGAA